AGAAAGUUCCCGUAUGAAAACGCGGAAACAGCAGAGAUGCUGCAGAGAAACUGUUUAAAAACUUUAUUCCGUGCACAACACGCGUUAUUAACGCUUUAUAUCGCUUCAGUUCUCAUCAGUCAGGGAGACCCGGGGCUCUGUCAGGAGGAGAAAGCUCCAAUUAGUCCACAAAGAUGUAUAGUUUGGGGAGCGGGACUGGAUCCGCGCGUGGUGCUUCCGGUGCGUUAUUUCUACAUCCAGGCGGUGAAUAAAGACGGAGAAAACAUCACCGAGUCUCCGGGUAGAGACUCGUUCCAGGUGAGUGUGAGCGCUGUCUCGGGGCAGGAGCGAGUGCGUGUUCACGUUCCUGCCCCUCUUGACCGGAGCGACGGCUCCUUCCUGGUGAGGUUCCGGCUUUACUCCAGUGUGGUGACCGGUCUGAAGGUGGAGGUGUUUCACAAACACACACCUGUGGCUCAGUCUCCAUACACACUGACAGGAGCGGUGUAUCAUGAGGACUGUGACUGUCCUGAUGAUGACGCUGAGGCGUGGCUGAGUGUGCUGAAGUGUCCGAGGGUAGAUCCUCAGGUGGAGCAGGAUUUCAGCGCUUUUCCUUCCAUUGACCUGCAGCGAGUGAGACAGGAAGUUCCCUUGCGCUUCACGAACCGAGGGGUCAUUCACUACGCCAUCAUCAACAACCAGCUGCACCGCCGCACACUUGGGAAAUACACCGACUUCAAGAUGUUCUCAGACGAGAUGCUGCUUUCACUCACACGCAAAGUCCGCGUGCCUGACGUCGAGUUCUUCAUUAAUGUUGGUGACUGGCCGUUAGAGACGCGCAAAGUUUCUGAUGUUCCUGGACCAGUUCCCAUAAUCUCAUGGUGCGGCUCAAAGGACACACGUGAUAUCAUCCUGCCCACUUAUGACAUCACUCACUCCACCUUAGAGACGAUGAGGGGAGUGUCCAACGACCUGCUGUCUGUCCAGGGAAAUACAGGUCCUGUGUGGAGGAAUAAAACGGAUCGAGCAUUUUUCCGAGGCAGAGACAGUCGUGAGGAGAGAUUAAACCUCGUCUCUAUGUCCAAAAAAAAUCCCGAGCUGCUGGACGCCGGGAUCACGGCUUUCUUCUUCUUCCGUGAACGAGAGAAAGAUCUCGGCAAAACGCCUCUAGUCGGCUUCUUCGACUUCUUUAAGUAUAAGUACCAGGUGAACAUGGACGGGACCGUAGCUGCGUACAGGUUUCCCUACCUGAUGUUGGGGAACAGUGUGGUAAUGAAGCAGGACUCUCCUUAUUACGAACACUUCUACACACACCUGAGGCCCGGGCGCCAUUACUUACGGAUCAGGAGAGAUCUGUCUGAUCUGAUUGAGAAAAUCCAGUGGGCAAAGGAGAAUGAUGGUGAAGUGGAGGCUGUAGCGAGGGCGGGGCAGGCGCUGGUCAGAGAACUGCUACAACCUCACAGACUCUACUGUAAUUACUACAUGGUGCUAAAGUCAUAUGCAGACCGACAAGUGGGUAAACCUGCUGUCCAUCCUGAUAUGGAGCGAGUGAGACAGCCGUCUGACCACAGCGCAGCGUGCGACUGCCACAGGAGGACACGGGAUCGGCCGAGCGACGAGCUCUGACAGACGAGGAGCGCUGAAAACAUCAAACCUUUCUACCUGCCACUGUGGGCGUGUCCCAAACCACACCCCCAUGUUUACUGCGUAGGCCACACAAACACUUUCACCUGCAGCUGAGGGUAAAGACACCUCGGCUGUGUCUCAUUCAGCAGUGAGGGACUCGCACUGUGCUGCCUGUGAAGGAGGGACCAGUUAGUGUUCUGUAUGUCCUGAUAAUACAGUGGAUAAAUCAGUCAUCAUUUUAUAUCGAUAACACACACGCGCGCACACACACACACACACACACACACACAAUGAUUAUAUUUUCUAAGUGAAGAUGCUUUUAGUGUAUUAUAUUUUCUCAAAGAGAAUCCAAGCCUGGCUUUUAAGCUGAUUGUUUACUGUCCUGUACUGUAACAGCAACAUGAGCAAAUUGUGUGUGUGCGUGUGUGUGUGUGCGCGAGUGUGUGUGUGCAUGUGUGUGCGUGUGUGUGAGAGAGAAAGAGUUUUAUGUGUAUUGUUUACAUUUCACAAAAGAGCUGCUAAGAUUUGUCACCUCAGAUCCUUCAAGUGAAUAAAACGAUUUAUUUCAUGAUUCUUUUUUGAUUUAAUCUUCAUGAGAUCUUCAUGAUCCUCUGUUCUUCCUCUUUACCGUGUGUCCGAGAGUUUCUGUUCUCUGUCCACUUGAGUGACCGUGUGUUCUGUGUGUUAGACUGAAUGGACUGCAGAUUAUCGUGGUUUAAACAGGUAUAAAGCUCCAUGUUUGAUAUUUGAAAAAUAAGGUGAAGAUGAAGAGAGACAGGUUGUCGUCUGUUCUGCCCAAGAGAACUGCAGGGACAGUGUGAAGAAAUCUAGCUGUCUGUGUGUUGUGUGUAAUGUAGUAUUGUGUGUAGUGUUGUGUAGUGUUGUAGUGUGUAGUUUUGUGUGCUGUGUGUGUAGUGUUGUGUGUGGUGGUGUGUUGUGUGUAGUGCAGUAUUGUGUAGUGUUGUGUUUUGUGUAUUGUUGUGUGUAGUAUUGUGUGUAGUGU